UUGAUAUCAUUAAAAGCCAUUAGACAAGUUAACCUCCUCUGUGGACGUCUCAGGAUUUCUCCUGCAGCUUUCACCCGUCAGAUGAACAAUUCCUUCAGCCGAUUACUUGGCAAGCGAAUGAACUUUUUGAUGAUUCAUUAAUACGUCACUGUCAUUAUAUUUGACAACACUUUACUGUACUUUGGAUUUUAUUUUUAUUUCGCUGAAUUUCUCCACUGGUUAUCCGUAAUGCUUCCUAGUCCUGUAACGUCCACACCCUUCUCGGUUAAGGACAUUCUGAAGUUGGAGCAGCAGCAGUCUCAUCAUGUUUUCCACCAACACGCAAUUUUCUUCCAAGAUCAAGAUGCAGGACCCAUACAGCCACCACAGUGUCUGCAUUCGGCGCUCGGAAGCUUCGACAUGCUGUACAGCCCGGAGAAGCAGUGUUGCGCAGAAGGAGGGCAGAUAAAAUGCCACAUAAACACUGAGGACUUUGACAUUCUGAGAGGUUCCUGUGGGUCUCCUACAGAGGAAGAGACGGAUCCAAGCGAAGACGCAGGCACCUGUGGUCAUGAGGAUACGCUAGGCUGUAGCGUCCAAAAGGAGGAUGUCUGCUCUGAGAGAACUACACAGAGGCAGCGCAGGAAACCGCGGGUCCUUUUUUCACAGGCCCAAGUGUUCGAGCUGGAGCGGCGCUUCAAACAGCAGCGGUAUCUCUCCGCGCCCGAGCGCGACCACCUCGCCAGCCUUCUGAAACUCACCUCCACCCAGGUGAAAAUAUGGUUUCAGAACCGGCGGUAUAAGUGCAAGCGACAGAGACAGGACAAGUCGCUGGAACUGGCCGGACACCCGCCUCCACCGCGAAGGGUAGCGGUGCCUGUUUUGGUGCGUGAUGGGAAACCCUGCCUGGCGGGACCCCAGGCUUAUCCGGGUCCAUACAAUGUCACGGUUGGCAGUUACCCUUACAACACCUACUACAGCGGCUAUGGUAAUAACCCAUACAAUUGUAACUACACAAGCGUGCCCCCCGUGCCCAAUGGCACGCAAACCACCAGCCACAUAGUAAACAUGAACCUCGCCGUGGGCAGCGCAGAGGGACCCUUGAGCCAACAGGGACAUUUUCAGGCCACACUACAGGGAAUUAGAGCAUGGUGAGAGCCAAAACAACCGGGUACUGUCAGGAAAAGGAAUGGCAUUAAAAGAUUACACCUGAGACCCCAAGAACAAGAAACGCCAUACGUAUUAACUGUGUUGAACGUGUUUUUGUUUGUUCCGAGCAGAAUCACUGACUGUAAAUUGAACAAAACUAUAUGUCACAAAAAUGCACAUGCAUACUUUAUAUUGUUUGUAAAAUAUGUCCACUAUUUUCAUAUAAUUUGUGCUUUUAUACUUUUGUAUGUAGAAAGUGCUACAAUAAAUAUCUAAACUGA